UCACUCGCGUGUUUGUCAUGUUGACUUCCUGUUGUCUUUCGGCUAACGAGGGAAAGUUCAAACAGCAAGCAGCACUGAUUUUAACAUGACAGCGACCUAAAAACGACUUGUAAGAUGCAGGAGCCAGCUUCUUUGGUAGAUAAGUGGAUCCAAGAGAACAACGACUUAGUAAACAAAUGGAGGCAGCGUGAAAGAGGAGCUGUCUUGAACCAAGAGCAGAGCCAGAGCAGUCUGAGAUGGUGUUCCGCUGAGUUUCACAAACUUUUAAGAAAAAUCCAAGGUGUCCCUGCCAUGGUGGAUCAUGCACAGUUGGAGCUGACGGUUGUGUACAAUGCCUGUGUUUUCUCUCUCGCUCAGACUCAGUUUUCAGAGGUGGAGCUGCUCCUCACACAAGCUGUGGAGAGAGCUCUUGAGGUGACGGGGAACAACCCAGUGGCUUCAGACCCUCCUGUGUUUUGGAGAGCAGUUCUCAAAUCACUGGGAAACUCAGCUUUGAAGUCCUGCAUUGUGCACCUACUGUGUCUGCAGUGGGCUGUCUGGCUGUCCACCUGCAGGCUGAACACCAUACAGGACCUGCUGGAGGAGCUGUCCUCUCUGUCUGAUAGUCUAGCAGCCGGAGGUGAGGAUAACAGGAGGAGUUUGGAGAUGAAGAAGCCUCCUGAAAUUCAGCGGGUGGUGAUGGACCCAAGAAAUCUUCAUGAACUGUUGCACAUCUGCACUGUCAUUUUGCAAGGUGCAGAAAGGUUGACUGAGGGUCGGAGUUCAGAAGCCUUGUCUGUUCUCCAGAGAGCUUCUGCCCUGCCAGCUCCCAGAGCUCUGCUAGCAAAGACCCACCUCCUCUCAGGCUUCUGCCUCUCCCAUAUGGACCGUCCUCAUAUGGCUUUGCAGUGUUACAGGAAUGCAUUGGAGAUGGACUCCCGUUGUGUGUAUGCUCUGUACCAGAGUGUGCUGAUCUACAGACACCUGGGCAACACACAGGCUGAGAUACAAGCCCUUCGUCUUCUGCACUCAACUCUGAUGCUUCCCCUGGCUACAGAACCUAACCCGGUUGGAGCCCAUCCCCUCUCCCCAUCCUUACUUCUCAGCAGCCAAUCCCUCAGCAACUUGUUAUCAGUCCCCUCUGCCCUCAGUGUUCUUCACACCCUGGCCCUGAAGUGUGUUCUCCAUGAAAAAGUGUCAGAGGGUGUGGAACAUUAUCUGGACCUGCUGGCUGCUCUUCACUCGGAAGAACAACACAGAGGAAGUCUGACAAUACCGACAUAUGUAGUGCAUGCUGAAGCCCCUCCCCUGCCCGGGUUACCUGAGCUUUAUCUGGAGGCUGGUGCUGCCUUACUUAUGGCCAGACGACCCACUGACUGCAUGACGCUCUGUGAAGAAGUUAUAAACAUGACAUCGGAGCUGCUGCCAGAGAAGCUGAUUCUGGAGGAGCCGGAGGACAAGUGUGAGACUGAGACUGGAGCUUUGUGUCCAGAAGAACAAGGCUUAGACCAAGACAGGCUGGGGAUGCUGCUCUGGGUCGGGGCCGCCCACCUCCUCUGUGGCCACUGCCAAUCCCACCUGAAGGACUGGAAAGAAGCUGUGACACACUACACAAGGUGUAUCAACCUGCUCGUGAAGGUGCAUGUUAAAAAGAAAGUUACAGAUCUGCAAACCCAGACCACCUGUGCAGACGUGGCUGACAGGCGGGGGAUGAACCUUUUUACCCUCCAGAGGCUGAAGGGGCUUUCACUAGCCGGUAGAGGCAUCAGCUUCACCCAGAGAGACCAACUCAGAGUAGCGCUUCGGGACCUGCAGCUCAGCCUGCAGGCAUUACCAGAGUGUGUGGGUGCAGGACUGUGGCGCGGUGAGGUACUGUGGAGGCUGGGGAGGAGACGGGAGGCAGCAGCUUGCUGGGAAAAGACCUGGAGCUUCAGCACUGAAUCGUCAUCAGUGAGUCUUCCUCUGUACCUUCAGGAACCCCAAUCUGGCCCUUCGCUCGACUUCACAGACCUCCGUCACAGAAUAGAGGAGCUCACUCACAAGUAGAGUGCCAUGAUAAGGACAAAAGGAGAAUGCCCUAUCACUUACAGGAUCAACUUUCAAUGCCUUGUGAACUGAAACCUGUAGCAGUCUGCACAGCGAUGUCCUCACCGGAUCACCAAAAUAAAUGAACUUUAGUGUGUGAGGCUGAAACUGAAAAACAGUCGGGGAUAAACCUACCAGUUGGUUUGGAAACAUUUGUAUUUGUUAAUAAAAUAAAUAACAAAUUGUGUGGCUACUUUAA